AUGUCCUUUUCUUUCGGAUUCUCUCAGGCCGAUUUCUCGGACGAUGAGCUAGAUUCAACCCCCGUGAUUUCCAAACCACAAAACACCAGUACAUCUGAAGCACCAGUGGAGAUACCUCCAAAGAUACACUCUCUCAGCUCCAUCUUGAAGACCCUCCUCAAUGUCAGAAUCACCUUUGACAAUUACAAAACAGCCAAUGGGAACAUUGUGUACAGACGUGAGCUUUUUGAUGUGAAACACCAGUGCAUGACUGAGGAUACCGAAGGCGAAGCGAGUGAAAUCAACAAGAUCUUACUCGGUUCAGGCGAGGAGCUUGAUCUUGAAAAGAACGUGUACGAAGGUGGCUUCAAGCUGUGGGAGUGCUCUUACGACCUUGUCGAUGACGUGGCCAAGAAAUCUGAGUUGUUGUUCAACAAAAAGUCUGUUUUGGAGCUAGGAUGCGGCUCUGCUCUACCUUCCUGCUUCAUUCUUAUGAAAUGGCUAGAGCAAAAGAAGUCGGAUAAGACACUUCUACUUGGCGACUUCAACUACGAGGUUCUUCGUUUGGUGACCGUUCCAAACCUCAUAGUGCAUUGGGCUUCCACUCUUGAUCCUCAAGAACUCGCUGAUCUUCAAAAUCCAGAUAUCCCCAUGAAGAACGACGAGGUUGAAGUCACUCCACAACUCAGCGAAGCAUUCAUUGCAGCUCUCGAGAAACAAAAAAUCGAAAUCCAUUGCAUCUCAGGCUCUUGGGGGCCAUCGUUUGCAGAACUCGUGAAGCCAUUCAAAACCGACUUGAUCUUAUCCUCUGAAACCAUUUAUUCCUUGGACACUUUGCCCAUAUUUAUAAAGUUGUUGCUCGACAUCAUGAACGGGAAUAGCUGCCUCGCUCUUGUCGCAGCAAAAGUUUACACAGCGUCUUCCAUCGCCCUUGGCUCAUGA